CUGACUCUCCCCUUCCCUGCCUGGGGCUGGGAAGCAGGCCAGGGUUAGCUGAGGCUGGCUGGCAAGCAACCAGGCAGUGCCAGGGAGAACCUGUACAGUGCCAGGUGGUGCCUUGGGUUCCAAGCUGAGCCCAUGACCCCGAUAACCUUCUGCCUGCAUACACACCUGGCCCUCACUCCACCCCUCUCUGGGCUUUGGUAUCGGGGAGGGGGCACAGAGCCAGACAGACCCGCGGGACUUUGGCUCCAUCUCUACAAAAGGGCACUCUGUGAGUCAGCCUGCUCCCCUCCAGGCUUGCUCCUCCCCCACUCGGCUCCUGUUUCCCAUGCACGUACAGCCCGUCCACACCGUGUACUGGGAUACCCUGCAGUCAGCCACAUGGCUCCCUUGUGCCCCAGCCCCUGGCUCCCUCUGCUGAUUCCUGCCCCUGCUUCGGGCCUUACUGUACAAUUGCUGCUGUCACUGCUGCUCUUGGUGCCUGUGCAUACCCAGAGCACACUCCAGAUGCAAGGGGAUCCUCCCAUGGGAGGAGGUUCAUCUGGGGAAGAUCACCCACUGGGCGAGGAGGAUUUGUCCAGUGACGAGGAUCCCCCCGGAGAGGAUGAUCCACUAGGAGAAGAGGAUCCACCUGAAGUUGAACCAGGAGAAGAUGACUCCCUGAAGUUAGAAGAUCUACCUACUGUUGAGGCUCCUGGAGAUACUGAAGUCCCCCAGAAUAAUGCCCACAAGGACAAAAAAGGGGAUGACCACAGUCAUUGGCGCUAUGGAGGCGAUCCGCCGUGGCCCCAGGUGUCCCCAGCCUGCGCCGGCCGCUUUCAGUCCCCGGUAGAUAUCCGCCCCGAGCUCGCCGCGGUUUGCCCGGCCCUGCGACCCCUGCAACUCCUGGGCUUCGAGCUCCCGCCACUCCCCAAACUGCGCCUGCGCAACAAUGGCCACACCGUGCAGCUGACUCUGCCUCCCGGGCUAGAGAUGGCCCUGGGUCCCGGGCGGGAGUACCGGGCCCUGCAGCUGCAUCUGCACUGGGGGGCUGCGGGGCGCCUGGGCUCAGAGCACACCGUUGACGGCCACCGUUUCCCUGCUGAGAUCCACGUGGUUCACAUCAGCACCGCAUUUGCCAAAGUAGAGGAUGCCUUGGGGCGCCCGGGAGGCCUGGCUGUGUUGGCCGCCUUUCUGCAGGAGGGCCCGGAAGAAAACAGUGCCUAUGAGCAGUUGCUGUCACAUUUGGACGAAAUCGCUGAGGAAGGCUCAGAGACUUCAGUCCCAGGACUGGAUGUAUCUGCACUGCUACCGUCCGACCUCAGCCGCUACUUCCGAUAUGAGGGGUCUCUGACCACACCGCCCUGUGCCCAGGGGGUCAUCUGGACUGUGUUCAACCAGACAGUGAGGCUGAGUGCCAAGCAGCUCCACACCCUCUCUGGCUCCCUAUGGGGACCCAGUGACUCUCGGCUACAGCUGAACUUCCGAGUGACACAACCUUUGAAUGGGCGAGUGAUUGAGGCCUCCUUUCCUGCUGGAGUGGACAUCAGUCCUCGAACCAUUGAGCCAGUCCGCCUGAAUUCCUGCUUUGCUGCUGGUGACAUCCUGGCUCUGGUUUUUGGCCUCCUCUUUGCUGUCACUGGCAUUGCCCUCCUUGUGCAGAUGCGAAGGCAGCACAGAAGUGGGGCCAAAGCGGUUGUCAGCUACCACCCUGCAGAGGUUGCUGAGACAGGCGCCUAGAGGCCUGGAACUUGGAGGAUGUGCAGAGUACCGGCUAGAGGAAUCUGAGGGAAGCUGGAAACUCUGUCCUGUCCUGCCCAUUAUACCACUUCCUUUUUAACCUCCAAAGAUGUUUUUUAAAUAUUUCUAAUAAAAUAUGUGGAAAUCACCUUUGUUCCUCA